UCACUAAAUUAAUCAAAAAAUAAAUUUAURAAAGUAAUUCAAUAUGUCAUGAUUUAUCGUAUGUCAGGAGCAAAUUCCAGAACCAAGGAGGCAAGAUGYGUCUUAUUUUUUGACAUUUAAAAUCCCACAUUAUCCAAAACCUGUCCGCAAAUUCGAUCAAAGUCAAGUGUUUCAUUCUGUUAUUAAACACAGAAACGAUAAUAAAGCUUAAAAACAAGAAUAUAUGAAUCCUUUUUAAUAGAAAAUAUCCYAAAGAAUUAAAUAAUGUCGACAGCAGAAGUGGAUAUACUGAAGGCGCGCCCUUCGUUUUAAAACCAAAACAAGGCGUAAAUUUAUACAGCGAGAUUUAAGAGCCCGGAAAUGCUAUUCCGCUUCUUGGGAGAGAAUUAGCGCCAACUCAUGUUGUCAUUGGAGCAUGAUUUAUAGUAAGGCUUGAAAGACAAAGGAAAAAGCAACUCGAAACCACGUGGACGGGACGAACCACCUGUUGAAUCUUGUGACGUGGAGUGAAUACUAAUAGCACAAUCAGCUGGCAUUUGAAUCAGCUAGACAAAAACCAAAACAAGAACGCUGAACGAUUGAUCUCUUGUCGUCAAGGGACUUAAGGGCAACAAAAUUUUGAGGCCAAAAUGAAUGAAAACCGAGGCCCGAUGAAAGAAUACUAUUAUGAAGACAUGGAGGCCAUGUCACAGACUGCAAGAGAGGUGUGGUUAGCAGAACAGUGCUCUGCCUUUGAGUCAGAGCUGCGAAGGAUGUCAGAGCUGAUGGAAAAGGAAAACUUGAUUGRAGAGCUUUACAAGAAACUGAAGCAAGUGACUCGUAGAUGGCAGUCAUGGAAUCACAGAUCUUUUGGUGGAGUUACAUCGAGAGGAUAUGUAAUGGAACUACAUUCCUGGGAGAAAAACAUCAAGUCACGAGGGCUUCUCUUUCCAAAACUGCCAAGUAUAACUUCACCAGACACGAACAUCUUAGAAAAAUUUGAAGACUGGUGUGAAAGAUAUGAAGAGCUUCUCAAUUGUUUUACAAAAGCAGUGUAUGAGCCACUAAGAGACUUUYUCCUCAAUGAGAAAAUGACGGGAACAUUGAAGGGUGUUCCUAUGGAACUGGACAAGGUCUUAAAGAAUUGGAAAGAAUUGUUGUCUGUCGGUGUCAUCAAUGAGAAGCUAUUUUCUACCAGCAGUGGCAAAAAGGUUUAUCUCGUGGCAAUAAGAAAUAAGUGUCACGAUUUUGAUUUAAUCUUAAGACUCAUCCCUGAUUUGUCAGAGAAGGCGUACGAGGUACUUAGACUUGCCCGGCGAUGGCGCCUUAUUUAUAGAUCUUCAGCAUUACCAAGAAGAGAGGAAACUUAUAUAGUGACAAAGGGCCUAGAGAGGUCACAAAGACGCAGUAGAAAUAAGGUUCUACAACGAGUGAAGACUCUAGAAAUGGAACUGCAACAGUCACAGGCCCAUCAUAAAGCCCUUGUUGCAGAACUGGAAGAAUCCAAUGCAAAAUGUGCUGCAAUUGAAAAAGAGCUCAGUAAUUAUCGACAGCAGUGUAACCAGCUUGAAAAUGAACUUGAUAGCGUGAAAAAGAGAUGUGAGAACUUGAAGCAAAAACUUGAUGCUGCAAAGCAUGAAAAUGAUAAUUCUAAUGCAGCCAUUGAGAGCUCGGCAGAAUACAUCAAAGUCUUACAAAAAGAGCUGAAUGGCUCAAAAAUGAAGUACUGUGUGCAGAAAAUUAAGUUCAUCAAUGCCAAGCGCCAUUACUCCCAGCUCAUGAAAGAACUAGAAACAACAAGAGAGAAUUUAGRAUCUUUGCAAAGUGAACUUGUAUUGAGCAAGAAAAAGUGUGAAGCACUCAAAGCACAGCUYGAUAAUGCAAAAAAGAAUGUUUUUACACAAAGCAACAUGCUUGAUGUACUUCAGAAUCAGUGUUUUACAUUGAGAGAGGAACUGGAAGGAACCCGAGCCAAGUGUAACGAGCUUAGCUGUGAAUUGGGAAAAUCUCAGGAUAAGUGUGAAUCACUUGUGAAAGAAUUAGAACUUGUAAAAGACCAGUGUCACAGUUUGAAUACUGAAUUAAGAAGAGCAAAGACCAGAGAGGARUUGCUUAUCCAGCAAAAUGAACAGCUUAGGGCUUUCUGUCAGGAGAAAGGGUUAGGAGAGCCCACAUUAUCAAAAUUUGGGAAAAAUACACUAAAUAAACCAGACUCAGAGUCCUCCUGCUAACCAGCUACAACAGAAGAAUUUACAAAAUUGUUCGACUUCAACUUAAAGUUAUUUAUGCAAUAUUUAAGAUAAUUAUUAUCUAUAUACGGUGUAUUAAGAUUCAGCAGUGCCAUCAACUGUCUUUUUCCUAUGUGUACAUUUCUUUAAUCAGAAGCUUUUAAUUAGAUUAAUUAAGCUAUAAAAGACAUUAAAGUUAAAUACAACAUUUAUAAAGAUAAGAUUAAAAAGUAAAAAUAUUUAUAAUGAAAGCACUGAGCAAUAGAUCACCUCUAGCCUUAGAACAUGCAGUUAAAUUUGAGAAUUUUCAAAACAUUAGGAGUAUCUAUUAAUUGUGAAUUGUACAAGAAGAUCUUGCGAUUUUUUUACAGCGCUAUCUCAAUCACAUGCAUGAAAUCAUACAAUUUACCAUUGUGGCAAAGUAGGUUUUGGUGGAAGUCAAUCAAUGCAUUUCCAUGUCAUUCCAUGGGCACGUGCCCUUAAAAGCUUUGUGUUUUCCAACAAUGCUGGGAAACACUUUGAUUGGCGUCCACCAAAACUCUACUAUGUCUCAAAAUUUUUUUCGUGUUUUCACACGUGUGAUUGAGAAAUGCUGUAAUUAUGAUACAUUCAACAAAAAUGAGCAAUUUAAUUGGCACUCCACAGAGUAUAAAACGAUUUAAUUGUACUCCUCUUGUCCAAUCUGGAAUUGAUGGGUUGCAAGCAUUCCUAAGAGUCGAGUUAAAAGACAAAAGCAUGGCGGCCAUUGUGGUGCCGUUAACAAUGGAUGCUAAUAAGAAAUCUUUUGUUAAAUGGCACCAACGCUCCCCCGAGAGGCCGCRAUGACAUAACAUGCAAUCGAAGAAUAGAAAUAUUUUGUUGAGUGUAUUAUAAACACAAAAAUUUAGCAAGAAAAAUGUUCCAUAUGUGUACAUUUCUUUAAGCAGAAGCUUUAUUUUAAUUAAGCUAUAAAAGUAUUAAAGUUAUUAAAAUAYAAUAAUACAUUAAUAAAGAUAAGAUAAAAARGUAAAAAUAUUUAUAAUGGCCCAAGAGUUUUGCAUAUUUUCAAUCCAUUUAUGUAAAUACAUU